UUCUCUUCCCUCCCUGACCCCUUCGCCUCUCAACUCCCUCACCGCAUCUUGUUCACACUCCCCCUUCGUCAGAGGCUCUGUCUCCAAGGUAACGGUGACGCGAGGGCCCCGGGCCCCGCCGCUCGCCCAUUGGUUGAUGAUCGCGGUUGGGGUUAGCGGCAAUGGCGGCCGGACGGAGGUGAGGCGGUUAUGGGCCUGGGCAGUGCCCGCACUAGAAUUCAGAAUAAACCUGACUCUGUGAUACCCGAGAGAGAGCAUGGGAAAGAUCAUUAUUAACAUGGCCAACAAGAAAGCUUACAGUGCAGGUCAUUCCAGGAAUUUGAUGGACCCAUACCUAACCCAGAAUCAUAUGACAUCCCAUUACAAUAGAAUCCUCUCUGCCAAAGCUUCAGUGGAUUGUUCUGUUCCAAAAAGCAUGCUGUUAAGCAUAAAAUAUAAAGACCAACUGAAGAAGCAAAAUCUACAAACUAAAUACAAAAAAGGAUUCAUUCCUACAAGAUCAGAAUCUUGGUCCAGCUCUGGUAGCAGUGGAAGGUUAACUGUAACAGAAUCUAUUCAGAAUCCUUCUAUGCUACAACACAGUAAGGAACCCAGACAGCUAGCAAAUGGAUCCAUGACUCCUGAGCAAACGUUUAUCACUCCCAAAGGGAAUUUUUCAGUGUUGACUUCUGCUGCCGACAUUAAUAACGAAACAACUCAGAAAAACUUCAGUCGCUGCUACUCAGAUCUGAGCUCCAGGAUUUCUAUAUCUCCCAGGCAAUGUUAUAGAUCUUUCUACAGUUCAUCAUCUAGCUUUGCAAAUAGCCAACACUGUUACAAAUUAUUUCAGGAUGCACGUCAGAAGACAUAUAGUGGUGAUAUUUUGGAGAAACAUGCUCAUUGUUUUACAGGUGGGCAACAAUUCACUCCUCGCAUUCUAAAGAAAGAAGCACAGUCUUCCUUGAUCCAUUACAAUUAUUAUACUCCUGUGAAGAAGAAAAGACUUUCAAAAAAGAAACACAUGACACAGGAAACACAGACUGAUUUCACCAGCUCUCGAGAUGCACCUUCACUGAAGAACAAGAAGGAUCCUUCACAGUUUACUUCAUCACAGAUUCGCUCUGAUGAUAAAGAGGACAGGGAUGUUUUAUCUCUCAAUUCCCAUUGCAAAGAGCUACAAGAAAGUUUUGAACACCCUUAUGAUUACUGUGUAGAAAGAUUAUCUUCUUCAAAUAAAAUCAAGUCAUCAAUUAUGCAGAAAGUUAAGGCUGAAGAAGAGGAAUUGAAGUAUCUUGAGUUCAUCUCUGAUAUUACCAGUGAAAUAUUGACUCGAGGAUUAUUUUCGAACAGUGUUUUGGAAAGAAUAUUUGAACGACGUAUAGAAGAAAAUAGACAUCGACUAAAUGAACAGAAAUUACGUCAUAUGCUGGAUGCUUUAAAAGAAGAUUUGGGCUUUAAACCAGAAAAAGACUGGAGGACCAGUGGUUGUGAACCAGUAUUAACAAAUACUAAACUGUUAGAAUUAAAAAUAUCUGAUUCUUUGGAAAAUCCUAAGUUUGCACAGAAUUGGAAGGAAGAUACUGGUACUAUUGUUAACCUUUCAAUUGACAAUGAAAAUGAAGAAUCAUGGAAUCAUAGAGUGCUUGGGAAUUCUAGUGCAAGUAUUUGUUAUGACCGUAGCAUUGCUGGAACCACAUACCUUGAUGCAAUUUAUGGAGAGCAAAUCCAGGAUGUUUUACACACAGAACAAGAUCAUUGCCUGUUUACAAAUAGUGAAGAAAACCCUGAUGAUUUACAGUCUGUGGACCAUCCAUACAAUUCCCCCGACUGUUGCACUGAUCUUGAUGAAACAACAGAUUUGACAGAGGUUGAUAAUCUUGUGGUGUCUCUUCAUACUGUUGACGUUAAGGAAAGCUGUGAACUUGAAUAUGAUCAGCAUGGAUCUACAUUAAGUCAAGAUUCAGAAAAAGCUUUUGAUGAUGGCAUUAAUUUGUAGUGCUUGCAAUUCUCUGAAUUACACAGCUAACAUUCAUGGAUCAUAACAGAAUUCUUGAUCUUUGUGAUGUAAGCCUGUACUUGCCGCUGAGUUGGUUAUUGACUAUAACAAAGGUUUGCAACAGAAACAUUUUUGGGUAUUUUCCCUGAAAAAUCAAUGCUCCUCUGCACUGUGCAUGUUUUAUGCUACAUUUCUGAGAUCUAGUAUAUAUUUUACUACAGUUACUAAGGCAUUACUUUAAUCUUGACUAAAUGAGUCGUUAAUCCAAGUUCAUUGUAAGUGACUGCUGCAUUACAAAAGCUACCUCUCACAUCUUCCUGAGUCUUGCACAGAUGUGUUUUAUUUUUUAUUAGAAUUUUACAAAUACUGUUCUCUAUAAGCAGCUGCCAAGAAGAAUGUGAAGGCCAUUCAUUAUCUCCAACUGUGUCAUGCAGACUUGCUGAAACCAGAUGUAAACCUAGAGUGUCCUAUUCUGCGAUACAGUAUAUUGGUAUACUAAGUAGAUUUAACUUCAAAUCUUUACAAUGAGGUAAGUCAAACCAUUGUUUCAAUGCAGUCAUAAUAGAAAGUUAAUUGUUACAAAAUGAUUAUGUGCAUGAUCAAUCCAGUUACUUUAUUGUUCUUUCAGAAGGGAAUACGUUUGACUGAAAUGCCCUAUAAUUUUAAAUCAAGUAAGGGAGAUAAUCAUACAGCAACUGGUAUUCAUUAAUCCUUUAUUUUGCUCAAUUUUUUGAUGAUUAAUUCGGUUUAAUCUACCUUAGGAGCAAAUAGCAUGUAGAGUUUCUUCUUUGACAACAUGAAUACUACUUCCAUCCCAAUUGGACAUCAUACUUCAGGAAAGUUGGUAAGGUUUUGAAAGGUUAGAGAAGAAAUUUACUGGAAUGAUUCAAGGGAUUAAAUUUACGCCAAAAAAAAUCCUUAAACCAGAGAAAGGAGAAAUUUUGUCUGGUUUAGGUAGGCUAUAUGAAGACAAACUGUUCGUGGUAGCUCAAAGGUUGGUUGUAAAAUGGAACAGUUUAAAGUAUUAGCAAAAGAAUCAGAGACAAAAUAAACAUUUACUAUGCACUAAGUACGGAAGUUAGGAAUUAGAAAUGCACAGUUUGAAAGGGUGAUAGAUGCUGAGUCUGUAGUAGGAUUCAAAGGGCAUAGGAUAAAUACAUGAGAAAUAUGGGUAAAGGGUAUGGACUAACUAGAGAGUUCCUUGAAAGAACUGGUGUGACACAAUGGGCUGAAUGGCCUCCUUCUUCUGUACUGUAUCAUUCCCUGAUUUCAUAAAAAAUCCCAGUGGGAACCUUUUCCGUUGAUGAUAACAGCUGAUCGAAGUUUUUAAUGUUGCAGAGGAGGAAGUUCUACAGAGUGUAUUUAUUUCAGGAGGUCGCAAACUCAAAUUUGUGAAUCAAAAUAAGAGUGACAAGGGAUUGUUAAUUGAUGUUAAUAAUUGUACAAGCAUUUUGUUGCAUUUAGUUUUGAUUAUGCAGCAAUUCAACAACAUAAUUCCUUUUUAAUAUUGCCCAAAUUUAAUAUACUCCAAAUUGUUUACAUUGUACAAGAGGAAUACUUUCUAAUUUUGUACCAACGUGAAAAUUUUACGUAGUAUUCUCACAUGACUUGUUGGCCCCUGUAACUUGAGCAGAUCAAUGAAAGCUAUAUACUAGAAAAAUGUAAAAUAUCAAAAUCUAAGAUACUAAAGCAAUAACACUUUUAAUGCUGAAUGAGACAUCUCUAGACCUUAACACAAAAUAUUAAGUCUCUAAAUAUAAUGAACACUUUCAUUAUUUUAAUAUUAAAGUAUUUGGGAAGUACCAAUCUAGUACUUAUUGAGAAUGGGUACCGUUCAAAAAGUGAUCUGUAUUCAACAAAUAAAUUGGAAAUGUCAGUCAAAAGAGGCUAACGUCAGAAAUAGAACAUUACUGCACUGAUGUUUUAGGUUUGCUUUCCUGUUAUUGUAAUAAACAAAGAUACUUUACUCAGCAUCUGAUUCUUGUACAUCAGACCUGUUAAGUUUUGAUGGAAGACCAUUGCUUUUUUCCUUUUUUGCACACUGAAAAAUACGUCCAAGGACAUCAUAGAAUCCCUACAGUGUGAACGCAGGCCAUUCGGCCCAUCGUCCACACCGAUCCUCCAAAGAGCAGCCCA